GCGCUCUGUGGUUGCUCCUCCCCCGCCGGUUCUCCGGCCGGGCGGGCGGGCGCUAUGCGCAGGCUCGGUCCUUGCCUCAAGAUGGCGGCGGUGGCGGAUAAACAGAAGCACGAGCACGGGCGGGUGAAGAUUGGGCACUACAUUCUGGGGGACACGCUGGGCGUCGGCACCUUCGGAAAAGUCAAGGUUGGAAAACAUGAGUUAACUGGACAUAAAGUUGCAGUGAAGAUCCUGAACCGACAGAAGAUUCGCAGCCUUGAUGUUGUAGGAAAAAUCCGCAGGGAGAUUCAGAACCUCAAACUCUUCAGGCAUCCUCAUAUAAUAAAGCUGUACCAGGUCAUCAGCACACCCACUGACAUUUUCAUGGUGAUGGAAUAUGUUUCAGGAGGAGAACUGUUUGAUUACAUCUGUAAAAAUGGAAGGCUUGAUGAGAAGGAAAGUAGGCGUCUGUUCCAGCAAAUCCUUUCUGGUGUGGAUUACUGUCACAGGCAUAUGGUGGUACAUAGAGAUCUGAAGCCUGAAAACGUGCUGCUUGAUGCACACAUGAAUGCCAAGAUAGCUGACUUUGGUCUAUCAAAUAUGAUGUCAGAUGGAGAAUUUUUAAGAACAAGCUGUGGUUCCCCUAACUAUGCUGCACCAGAAGUAAUUUCAGGAAGGUUAUAUGCAGGCCCAGAAGUAGAUAUUUGGAGCAGUGGGGUCAUUCUCUAUGCUCUAUUAUGCGGAACACUUCCAUUUGAUGAUGAUCAUGUGCCAACCCUUUUUAAGAAGAUAUGUGAUGGUAUCUUUUAUACCCCUCAGUACCUGAAUCCAUCUGUAAUUAGUCUUUUGAAGCACAUGCUGCAAGUGGAUCCAAUGAAGAGAGCAACAAUCAGAGACAUUAGGGAACAUGAAUGGUUUAAGCAGGACCUUCCAAAGUAUUUGUUUCCUGAAGACCCCUCAUAUAGCUCUACCAUGAUUGAUGAUGAAGCCUUAAAAGAAGUGUGUGAGAAGUUUGAGUGCACUGAAGAGGAAGUGCUAAGUUGUCUGUACAGCAGAAAUCAUCAGGACCCUUUAGCUGUUGCUUAUCACCUCAUUAUAGAUAACAGAAGAAUAAUGAAUGAGGCCAAAGACUUCUACUUGGCUACAAGUCCACCAGAUUCUUUUCUGGAUGAUCACCAUCUGUCUCGCCCUCACCCCGAAAGAGUGCCAUUUUUAGUAGCUGAAGCACCACGUCCUCGCCACACUCUUGAUGAGCUGAAUCCACAGAAGUCAAAACACCAAGGUGUGAGAAGGGCUAAAUGGCACUUGGGGAUCCGGAGUCAGAGUCGACCAAAUGAUAUCAUGGCUGAAGUUUGUCGAGCAAUUAAACAACUGGAUUAUGAAUGGAAGGUUGUAAAUCCAUAUUAUCUGCGUGUUCGAAGGAAGAAUCCAGUAACAAGUGCAUAUUCCAAAAUGAGUCUACAAUUGUAUCAGGUGGACAGCAGAACAUACUUACUGGACUUCCGCAGUAUUGAUGAUGAAAUUACUGAAGCGAAGUCUGGGACUGCAACUCCACAGAGAUCAGGUUCUGUGAGCAACUACAGAUCUUGCCAAAAAGAUUCGGAUGCUGAUGUGCAAGGAAAAUCUGCAGAUACGUCCCUUACCUCAUCAGUGAACUCUUCGCUUGACUCCUCCACAGCUGACGUAACUCCAAGACCAGGGAGUCAUACAAUAGAAUUUUUUGAGAUGUGUGCAAAUCUGAUUAAAAUACUUGCACAAUAAUUUUGAAGAUGGGCUUAUUUCUUUUAUAGCAAUAAGCAUGCCUAAAUCAUAGUCAGAUGCUUCCAGUUAUAAUCAAGUUAAAUUAACUAAGGCGCUGAAAAAGCUAGCCACAAUGCAAUUUGCACGGGGAUUAAAAUUAGUAUGGGCAGUUAGCAUAUAUUAUUUUGAAGCUCGAGUGAAUUCUGAUUGCCUGCUGCCCAAUGGCAUAACACAGGUACAGGAAAUAACAUGCCCUUUGGGUAGUGUUUAUAAUAUUUUACAUUGAGUGCACAUUAGCUUGCAUAUAACAUUUAAAUUAGAUGGACCUCCUUGGUUUUUUCACUGGUAAUACAUAUGCCUGAUGCACUGUAGGUAAAUGUACACUUACUAGUUCAGUGACCCAAAUAUGACUUGUUGGUCACCCUCUACAGUUGUGACUCAGUUGGUCAAAACUAUCAUUAACAGUAAUGUGUUAAAACUGCUAUGUUUCUUCCCCCUUAUUUGACAGUAAAUAAUAAAGACUAGUUUGAUAUGUUACAAUGUACUAUUUCUAACAAUACAUUUUAUUACAUGCAUGCAAAUCCAGCCAGUUGGAAAUGUGUGCAGGUGCUCUUUAAUGCACUGAGGGUGAAGUUCUGUUGGCAGUGAGUAGAGCAAUUGAGUCCACAACAGCAGUAAGAGACUUAAUGCUGAGAAGACUUGGCACUCCGUGGGCUAAAUGAAAAUGUUGCAGUAUGGAGAACUGUGAGCAAGCCCCUGGUCUGUGCAUAUACCUUAGCGUGCUAGUAGCACAGCAGCUCCUACUGCAGGCUGAGAAUCCUUUUUCUUAGAAACAGUUAAGGGCGCACAGCUUAAGGGCGGUUUCCUGCUAUUCCAGAAUCUAAAAUUGACAGUUUUUUAACAUACAAGUUUAUACUUUGAUACAGCUGGUUAUCACAUGUUAACUUAGGAUAUACUGUGUAGUGUUCGCUUUGCAGUUAAAACUACAUAUACAGGUUUUUAUUUUUUCCCAAGCUGCCUUAAUAGCAAACUUUGCUAUUUAAUGUAACUGAAUUAAAGUCUAACUUCUCAAUAGAACGUUGAAAACUGAUCAUAACAACUUGAGUGCUAAUAUUGAGAAAGUUUUCAAUAGUAAAUCACAAUUACCCAUAACAAAAAUCUUUCUGCAUUUACAGUUUUUGCAACAUUUUAGGAAGAAAAUUGAACUUGAUAUGUUAAAAUGGCAGAUAGUACUUGUACCUUUAGCCUCUUGCAAAUUGGAUGUAAUUAGCCACAGUUCCAUUUUCAUCUAGCCCUUAUUAGACAUAAACAGUCAUAAAAUAUUUAGGUUUGCAUUCAAGAAUUAAUGUUCCCUUCAAAAUAAUCUUCAUGACCUACUAAGUUUCAAGGGAUAGGCUGGAAAUCCAGGCAUUACUAUGAGCAGUGAAACCUGGACUCUUCAAAUGGAUGGCAGUUCUUGCCAAUGACUGAGGUUUUAUUCAUGGGAGACUGCUAGCUACAGAUAUAAGAACAGUUUAAUCCUGGCCACCUGGCAUCAGUCCAGAAAUUAAUGUUUUGAUUAUGCACAGAAUCUGAAGAAACAUAAAGCUGCUUUAAACCCAGCUUCUGUAACUCUGUUCUGAACUGGGCGAUUGUGAGGUCUGUCUAGUAGGUGGGUACUAGUUACAACUUCAUUUCUUUAUUCUCAAGUGUCACACGUGGUCUCUGUAGGGACUUUGGCUGUAUCACUGUACCUCAAAGUGGAACAUAAAGUUUUGCAUUUAAACUCCCGAGGUUCAGAUGUCAAUAUGAGGGACCAGUUCCAAAUCCUACAAUAAAGUCCUGUUUUUAGUCUUUGAAGAAUUGGUUCUGGUGUACUGAAUAAAUCAGUGUUCAUUUUUGUAAUCCUUUUAUUUCGAAAUUACUAAAUAUUGCACUUGCAUAAACACUACAAACGCACAGGUUUUUAAAUUGCAGUAAUUCCUCUUCUGGAAUUGGUUUGGGAUCACUUACAUAUGCUAAACUAUUUAUAAAUAGUAUCUGCUCCUUGUAAUGCUGACAACAAAUGCCAGGUGUCAAGGUGCAAAUAGCUUUUAAUUUUUAUAUACCUUUUUGGCCCUCUUGUGCAUUAAGACAACCAUGUUUUUUCCUUAGUUUCAGUAAUCUGGAGGUUAAAGCAAGUUUCUGGCAGAAGUGUACAAUACGUGUAUUUUAAAUAAAGUAAAUUUUUAUUGGUAUGGUGGAUCAGUUUUGAUGGUCAAAGGUUUUUUGAUUGAACCGAGAUUUUUAUAGGGAAUGGGAGGGGUAGAAAGGGGCACUAACAACCUAGUUGAACCCAGUUGCCUAUUGUGUGACUUUCCUAUGCUUUGUAGAUCUUGCUGUUGAAAUUGCUUUCUUCACAUGUUCCUAUUGAUCUUGCAGACCUUUAGCAUUGCAGUAGAAGCUGCCAAUGGGCUGUGAAAUGGAACUUCACUAGAGAGUUGCCAGAGUUGUAAGGAGGCAGCUUAUGGAAAUACACAAAUUGGUCAAGUGUGUUAUCUGUAUUCCCAAGCGCACUCCUUUUGGAGUACAAUGAAUUAUCUUGCCUUUGUAUUGUAACUUUUUCAAUAACAUGGAUGAACCUGACUGUCCAUGUGCAAUAUAACUCACUAGGUAAUGGAUAAAAAUUCAUCUUGGUUGUGCAAUAUUAAAAAAAACUUUCAUGUUUGUCUUGAUAUUAGUGUUUAAUACAAACUUUGAACUAAAUUUUAUUUUACCAGUUGAUUACCAUUGUAAGAUAUGAAGUCCUAUUCUUUAACAAAUAUGUGCCUACUUCCUCUUAAUUUCUUUCGACAAAGCUGAAUGGCAAAAAUGCUUGUUUAUAACUGUGUAACUUUUUAAACUUUCAAAACUUAAAACCAAGUAAACAUAAAAUACUGAACCAUCUUGUUUGAAACGGU